AUUAGAUUGACCUUGAGUUUAGCCUAGAGAUUUUUGAUUUAGGUUAUGAUUGUUUAUGAAAGUUCUCUACAUUUGAUCGACGGGCCUGGACCACCAAGAUAGGUAGUAAUUAGUUCCUGUCAGGUAAAAUACCGUUCUCCUCCCAUUGUUUUGUUGCUUGGUCCCUUCACUACAGCGUGUUGAGCCUUGUGUGCAUGUAGUGAUGGUUGUGUGCGGAAGCCAAUAACCAUUCAACGAAUUAAAAAUAAUUAUUAUGAUAGUGCAGAAGAGACCUAAGGAAGGACUGUAGUACAAUGCUUCGAAUCAAUCGGCUACUGCCGUCUGCAAGGAAGACCAGCCGUAAUGGAGUGUGCAGACGCCACAGGAACAGAAAGCUGUCGUCGGUGGCUCCGAGCGUUGCAGCGAGUCGCGGAGUGCCGAGGGAAGGGGAGGAGCUGGAGGGCUUCAUCGUCCGACAGGUGGCAGCCGUCCCAGAGUUCCGCCUGAGGGCGUACCGCCUGCUCCACGAGGCCUCCGGCGCUCAGUACCUGCACGUGGGUCGCGACGACGGCAACAACGCCUUCUCGGUGGGGUUCCGCACCACGCCCGGGGACUCCACGGGGCUCCCCCACAUCCUGGAGCACACGACGCUGUGCGGGAGCGCCCGGUACCCCUGCCGAGACCCCUUCUUCAAGAUGCUCCAGCGGUCCCUGGCCACCUUCAUGAACGCCAUGACGGGGCCCGACUACACCAUGUACCCGUUCGCGACCCAGAACGAGAGGGACUACCGCAACCUGAUGUCCGUCUACCUGGAUGCCGUCUUCCGGCCGCAGCUUCGGGAGUCGGACUUUCGGCAGGAAGGCUGGCGGCUGGAACACGAGAACGUAGAGGACAAAAACUCGCCCAUCGUGAUCAAAGGUGUGGUGUUCAAUGAGAUGAAGGGUGUUUUUGCAGAUAAUCAAAACAUAUUUCAGCAAAGUUUUCUGAAUGAAAUUCUUCCUAGUCACACGUACCAGUAUGUGUCCGGUGGGCAUCCUCUUAGCAUACCAAAACUCUCAUACGAAGACUUGACGAAUUUUCACACAAAGUACUACAAUCCCAGUAAUGCAAGAUUUUUUUCAUAUGGCAAUUUUCCUAUAGCAGACCACUUAAACUUUAUCAGUAACAAUUAUUUGAGAACUUGCGAGUCAUUGACUCCAGACAUAGCGAAAGAGACCGUGGUUCCUCCGGAGCGGAGAUGGUCGUCACCUCGGCGGAAACACGUGGCCUGCAGGCUGGACCCCAUGGUCGCGGACAGAGACAAGCAGUCGACGGUUGCAGUUGGCCUUCUGUGCUCGGACAUAACUGACAUCCAGGGCACGUUCGAGAUGCAGGUGCUCUCCGAGCUACUGGUCAAGGGACCAAACUCCGCGUUCUACAAGUCGCUGGUGGAGCCGAACAUCGGCGCGGGCUUCGCUCCGGUGACGGGCUACGAUGCCCAGACCAAGGACACGAUGUUCGCCGUGGGUCUUCAAGGAAUCAGCGCGUCUGAUUUUGGAACUGUGGUAGAAAUAUUUGAUAACACUGUGGAUUCAGUUAUCAGUAAAGGUUUUGAUGAGAAGCAGGUUGAAGGUGUGCUGCAUAACAUCGAGUUGAGCAUGAAGCACCAGGUCUCUGAUUUUGGUCUUGGUCUUCUGUUCAACUUGACGCCUCUUUGGAACCACGAUGGUGACCUCGUUACGGCACUCAGAGUAGAAGAUCAGGUGUCCCAACUGCGCCAGAAUCUCAAGCGAAACCCACACUACCUCCAAGACAAAGUGAAGUUGUAUCUCUGCGAUAAUACACAUCGUUUGGUCUUGACAAUGUCGCCCGAUGAAAGUUACGAAGCGAACCUCAUGCAAGCAGAAGAACAGCUUUUGAAAGAUAAACUCUCAUCACUUACAGAGGAAGACAAAAAUAAGAUUUAUGUGCAAGGCAUCGAGUUGAAGAAGGAACAAGAACGGGCCGUAGACACGUCAUGUCUGCCCACUUUGCAAGUCGGAGACUUGAAACAGAUCAUAGAUGCGACUCCUGUAAAACAUUUAAAGUUUGCUUCAGUUCCCGUGCAGGUCUGUGCUCAACCCACGAAUGGCGUGUCUUAUUUUCGAGGCAUUUUGAAUUCAAGCAAUCUUAAUGAUGAAUUGAAAGCACUGGUGCCAUUGUUUUGCUAUGUUGCGACAAAGAUGGGAACUCGCAGGCAUGAUUAUCGUGAAUUGGACAGUCUGGUGCAGUUAAAAACUGGAGGAUUGAACUUGAGCUCACACGUAGCAGAGGAUACCCGUGACCUGGGCUUGUACGAAGAAGGUGUUAUUUUUUCUUCACACAGUCUCGACAGGAAUACGAAGGACAUGUUCGACUUGUGGUCGGAGAUAUUCCGCGAAGUGACGCUGGAUGACGUGAAACGGUUCGACAUGCUGGUGAAGGUUCUGGCAGCCAACUUGGGCAAUGGUGUCGUGAGCACGGGGCACAUGUACGCAGUGUCUUCAGCCGCGAGCCUCAUCAGUCCGGCUGCUCUCCGGAAAGAACUUUCUUCCGGGCUGAGCUACGUGGCCAAGGUGAGGGACAUCGCGCAGAUGUUGGACCCUACUCCCGUGCUCAAACAGGUCAAGUCGAUAUCGGAAUCACUUCUGAACAAGAGACGUUUGCGGUGUGCCGUUAAUUUCGACGGGGCUGACGAGAGCAGAGUCCUGUCCGAGGUGGAGAGUCUGGUGGGUGCGUUGCCGGGAAGCUGUGACCGGCCCUUCGUCCAGACGCGAGCGGCGACGCCGACGAACGGAGCCGAUGCCCCGGCGACCCACCACGUCCUCCCCAUCCCCGUGAACUACGCGGCCAAGUGCACGGCCGCGGUGCCCUUCUCGCACGAGCACUUCGCGCCCCUGCGGGUUCUGGCCAGGCUGCUCUCGGCCAGGUACCUGCACCCCCUCGUCCGGGAGCAGGGGGGCGCGUACGGCUCGGGGGCGUCCGUGUCCCCGGCGGGGGUGUUCAGCUUCUUCUCGUACCGCGACCCCCACUCCUGCAGCACGCUGGACGCCUUCGACGCGGCGCCCGACUGGGUGUCGGCCGACCGCUUCACGGAGCAGGACGUGCGGGAGGCCAAGCUGGGCGUGUUCCAGCAGGUGGACGCCCCGGUGGCCCCCGGCUCGCGGGGCAUGCUCGCCUUCUUGCAGGGCGUGGACGACGAGCUGUUGCAGCGGCACCGGGCGGCCCUGAUGGCGGUCCGCCGGGAGGACCUGCACCUGGUGAGCGGGCGGUACCUGGGGCGUGCCGGCGGAGCGAGGAGCUCCCGGGCCCUGCUGGGGCCCCGCAACGAGCGGCUGGCCGCGAGGCCGGGCGAGGCCUGGAGGGUGGUCCAGCAGGAGUGAGCACCAUGUUGACUCUGUCCUGUAGCGCCCCUGUGACUUCAGAAAGUAAAGUGCAUCCUACAACAGGUUAUGUCUUACGGCAUAUUUAUUCAGUUCUAAUGCACAGUAAUUGUUUGAGCGUUUGAGUUCAGAAAAUUGGUUGUAGCUUACCAAAGAAAGAUACAGGACAAUAGUGUUUAAAAUAAGUUAAAAGUAAUAAUACUCUGCUCUAGAGGAAAAAAAUACAGAUGAACAGUACUGAUUGUUAGAGACAAGAUUUUUAGGUUUCAUUUUCAUGUUACCGUAUUUACUCGCGUAAAGGCCCCCUUUUUCCCCCAAAUUUUGACUCCAAAAAAGGGGAGGAGGCCUAUACGCGAAUUUGGAGGAAAAAAUAGAUUUUUCUUUUCAAGUCGUGCGUCUUUGUUCUAAUGAGGAAGGGCGGGGGAGGCAGCGACGCGGCAAGAGGAAGAGAGAGGCAACGACUCCGCAGGAGGGAGAGGCAGUGCUAAGAAAGGGGGGGAGAGAGGCAGAGGCAGCGCUAUGGCAGGAGGGGAGAGAGGCAGAGGUGUGGCUUAACCUCCCUCCUGCCAGUUAGCCAGCCAACCAGACAAAGGAGUGUUAGAAUCCUUGACCCACUUCCCUUCCUCCUUCACUUCCCCUCUUCUUCUCUGACAACACUCCACAUCAACACAGAGGCAGCGCGCUAGACCAGCUUUCUUUAUCUUUAUGUCGUUUGAGAUAGAACUAACUGCUUACGUCUGGCAUGCCUCACAUCCGUCUUACUGAGAACGGACAAACUAUAAUACCAGUCUCUGUAUCACUGCCGCUUACAAAAUCACCUCCCGCCGCUCACAAUACAUGGCUUGUUGUUUGAUGCAUGCCAAGCUGCCCUGCCCUCAGAUAAACCCAGAAAAACACGGUUAUUAAUUUUUUUCUCAAAAAUGUUUACAAAACAAGGAGGGGAGCUUAUAUGCGGGCGGGGCCUUUACGCGAGUAAAUACGGUAAUUUCAUUUUUAAGGAUGAGAUUUCAGUGUUUUUAUUUUUUAGGUUUCAUGAAAUCUGUUUAUUAAAAAAGGUAGCUUAUUAAUGAUUAAAUAUGAUACUUAAAUGUCUCAUGAUGCUAAUUUUUCUAAAACAAUUUCAUUUUGACUGAUACACAAUGCAAUUUUUUUCAUUAUGAAUUAUAAUGACCAUAUCUGUGGGAAAAAAGCUGUAAUGCAAAAUGAAUGGCCCAAAAGAGAGAAAAAUAGGUAAUUAUUUGCAAUGCAUCCGGACGUUACGCCUAUUCAGGAAAUUUUUUUAAGUAUUUCUGUCUUUGAAAAAUGUUCUAAUGUAAAAACAGUUGCAAGAUUAAAAAAUUUAACUUUU